AUGCACUAUGAUUGUUGGGAAGAGCUUGGUCAGGAGCUUGUAGAUCCACUUUUACAGCUGCGGAGAGCCUUGUGGAUUCCUUUCUUUGGUACCUUCAAGGGCCAUUUACCAUAUGAAUUGCCGUUAUGCCUCUGUCUUAGGUGUGGUGGUAAUGGCCGGCACGGUGCGAGUCCGCUGAAGCUCAUUUUGUCUGAGGAGAUUGGGACAGCGAUCGAGGAUCCAUUCAAUUUCUGGCUGAGGGCUAAAUCAGCGGGGACCAUCAGCUUUCGGGUUUGA